UUGGUUCUGACCUAAAUUGGUUCAAAAGGCUCUCAAAGCCGAUUGGUGCGCGCAAAGGGUAACUCUCAUUGGUCUCACUCCUCUAACGUUUAAUGGUAACAUUUAACAGAGCCAGCAGUGCAUGUGCCUGUGGAGCUGCGACUGGCAGCAGGCGAGACUGCGUCCAUGGACAAACAUCGAAACUACUAGAGAAGUGAUUGAAUAGACUUAUCUACAGUCGUUUAACUAUCUUAAUCCAUAUAUCUAUACUUGGAGAGGAAACGUUCACGGGGUGUAUUUCCUGCAGUGCGUAAAAGUGACCUUUGAAUCUCAGAACAGAAGCACGUCUCAAGAAAGCGACAAUAAUGUCAGGCACCUUCAGUCCCAGGAUGACGAAAACCCUGGAAGAUCUGAGUCUGGACUCGGGGUACGGAGCUGGGGACUCCUGCAGGUCCCUCAGCCUCUCCUCGUCCAGGUCCCGGCACUCCCACACCCACCCACACCGGGGGACCUGGUGGAACCAGAUCAGCUCUCUGAGCAGUAGGAACGCCAGCUGGGACACAGUCAAUACGGUGCUGCCUGAGGAUCCAGAGGACAUACUCUCCAAGUGUCCUCGUCUGCCGACACUGGAAGAGGUCCCCUGGACCGACCAGGAGAUCGCUGAAGUCCUGCGUAAAGUAGCAGGUGAGGAGGUGGCUUUCUCCGGUGACGCAGUCAGCCGUCUCUCGCUGCUCUUGCAGAGGGCUCUGGUUCGGGUCUCCCGGGAGGCUCAGAGACUGAGCGAGCUGCACCGGCGAUGCACGCGCUUUGAGGUGCAGAGCGCCAUUCGACUGGUGCUGAGCUGGGGGCUGGCUGAGCGGUGCGUGGCUGGCACGGUGAGGGCCAUUUCGCUCUACUGCAUGAGCUCAGGCGAGACACUGCGUCAACGGGGCAAGUCCUCGCGCUGCGGGCUCAGCCUCCCGGUGGGACGGUUCUUCAGGUGGAUGGUGGAUACGCGUGUGUCAGUGCGCGUGCAUGAGCACGCAGCCAUUUGCCUGGCCGCGUGCGUGGAGAGCCUGGCGGAGGAAGUGGUCGUGCGGGUGUUGAUGAUGGCAGAGGAGCGGGAGAGAGAGCGCGAAGGCACCUGUUGCCUGGUAAAUAUUGAGGUCCUGGACGGGGUCGUCAAUGACGACGCGGAGCUGUGGGGAGUGAUGCAGAACUACGAGCAUCUGAUAUGCGGGAAAAAUGCCAAUGGUGAGCUAUCCCUGCCAGCCCAUGUCAGUCCAUACACAAAGGAUCCCCGGGCACCAAUGGCGAGCAGGGAGGAUGCCUACGCCCAUCUGGAGCUACGCACCCUGGAACAGUCCCUUCUGGCCACAUGUGUGGGCAGCAUCACAGAACUCAGUGACCUGGUGUCACGGUCCAUGCACCACAUACAGCGCCUACGCGCAGUUAGCCACUCCCUCAGCCCUAUUUGCCCAGCAAAUCAGCAUCCAGUAUUCUGGGCGCCCGAUGCCAUGCGUACCCUCUACUACUUCCUGUCUAGCCCACAGAUGGAAUCACUGGAGAACCCAAAUCUAGAGCCCCCCAGGAUGGCCCUGAGCAGAGAGAGACUGUUUAUGCUCCUUCCCCCUCUGAUGGAGUGGAUACGGGUUGCCGUGGUGCACGCGGAGCACCGCCGCAGCCUAUUGGUGGACAGCGAUGAUGUCAGACAGACCGCCAGACAGCUCCUCCCAGGACUGGACUGUGAGCCCAGACAGCUGAGGCCUGAGUGUUGUUCCAGCUCAUUUAGGCGUCUGGACUCUAAGGCUGCUACAGAGAAGCUUCAGCUGGACCUGGGCUUCCGCAUGCUGACCUGUGGCAGAGCAGACCUGAUUGGUCAGGCCACACAGCUACUUGGACCAUCAGGGGUUAACACUAUGGAUGACCAGGGUAUGACCCCUCUGAUGUACGCAUGUUCGUGUGGAGACGAGGCUCUAGUCCAGAUACUGGUGGAGGCUGGAGCCAACCUGGACCUGGCGGUUCCUUGCUGCUCCCCCAGACAGCCCUCUGUCCACCCAGACAGUCGUGGUUGGGUGGCCCUCACCUUCGCUGUGCUGCAUGGACACCUCUCAGUAUCUCAGCUGCUGUUGGAGGUGGGUGCAGACGUGGAGGGGACUGCUGUUACUUCCAGCCAGGAGAGUUCUGCUGAGACUCCUCUACAGCUGGCCUCUGCUGCUGGGAACUAUGAAAUGGUGAGCCUGCUGCUGGCCCACGGGGCCGACCCUCUACUCAGAGUGCAUGAUUGGAACGCUCUGACAUCCCCGCUCUACGAGGACAUGAACUGCUUCAGCUACGCCGCUGCACACGGACACAGGAACAUCCUGAGGAGGCUUCUGACCCAGCCCCAGCAGAGGAAGGAGGACAUUCUCUCUCUGCAGGAGAUACUGGCUGAGGGGUUCCAGGAGGAGGAAGAAGAGGCUGGCUCACUACCUCCCCGCAGCCUCGACCCUUGUAGCCCUGCUGUCUGCCCCAGUAGCUCCAGCCCCAUGCCCAGGCUAUGUAAGGCCAGGACGAAGGCCCUGCAGCAGGCUGCCUACUACAGCGCUGAGCACGGCUACCUGGAUGUCACCAUGGAGCUACGAUCACUGGGUGUCCCCUGGAAGCUCCAUGUGUGGCUGGAGUCCUUCCAUGUAGCCCAACAACUGUCCAGGGAUGAGGUGACCCUCUCUCUCCUCAGAGACUUCACAACUAUCAGGCCACAGGACUACUGCCAGGAGCUGGUCUCACCCGCUCUACCUCUCUUGUUUAACAUGCUUGCAACCAGCAAGGACUAUGCCAUAACCAAGAGACUGUCAGCCAUCUUCUCUCACUGUUACGGCUCUGCUCCUACUCCCGCUGUUCCUCAGAUGGACCUCACUCUCUCCACACAGCUAGAUGCUCAUUUCCUGAACAACCCAGAGAUGUCUGACAUAAUGUUGUUAGUGGAAGGUCGUCCCUUCUACGCCCACAGGGUUCUCCUCAUGUCUGCCUCCAAGAGGUUUCGGUACCUGCUGAGUUUCUGUGGGUCAGACACCAGCACCAUCCACAUCUCUGACAUCACCUACAGCACCUUCCAGAGGAUGAUGAGUUGUCUGUACUGUGGAGGGACUGAAGGGCCGAGGCUGUCACAGGCUGACGCUAUGGAGCUGCUGCCAGUGGUCUGUUUCUUCCAGCUGGAGGUGCUAGAGAGACAGUGUGAGAGCCUGCUCUCCCAGAGUAUCACCCUGGACAACGCUGUCAGCAUCUACUUGAUGUCUACGGAUCACGGGGCAGCAGAGCUCAGGAGGUUCUGUGAAGGUUUCUUCCUGCAGCACAUGGAACAGUUCGUGGAGAGAGAGGACUUCCACAGGCUGCUCCUGGGAGGGGCCCAUCAGGACCAGCUCUCCCCAGAGACAGAGACCCGGAGCGGACCAUGUCAGGACCAACACUCCUCUCUCCUCCUGGAGGAUCUGGAGGUCACUUUGGUCCACAGGCUGCUCUCGCUGUACCCUCCCUGCAGAGAGUAAGCCACCGGCUGCGUCUCAGUAGUCAUAGUUGGCUUCUUUGUUCUUCCAUUGUCUCGUUUCCUUCAACUGUGCUGAUGUGAAAUAACUACAUGUGAAAGACAAGUAGCUAUAUCUGCUCUUAAAUGCCAGUUAGGGUGAAGGAAAUGGGAUGAGGAGAGGAGGCCACGUUAGAAUAUUGAGAUGGACCCCGUGUGGGGAGAAGGACAGACAUACCAGCAUUCCUGGAGAUAAAUAACCGGUGUAGUGUAGAGUAGUAGCUCGCAGUGCGGUGAUGUCCCCACUGUUGCCAGCACAGGUCGGUAAUGCUAAUCUGUCAUGAGGGAGAGAAGAGGCUAGGUGAAUCUGCCACCGGACAGAACACUUUUACUGUGAUCCAACAGGCCCUCAAACCUGCUCUCUCUGCCUCUGUGAAUGCCCAAGGUACUGCUAAGACGGUUACUUUAGUUUCAGUGUGAUGGUUCGAGAAGCAAUGGUAGUUAGCAGCUUCUUGCCACUCAUGCCACAAAUAGUGAAAGGACAACUGAAGGUGCUGCAAAAAGCUAAGAGACAGAAGCGUAAUGAGUUUGCAGUUGUGGAACGCAACCUAACUGGAUAACUGGAGAAGUACCGCUGCCAUCUAGUGACGUGUAGGACUUAUUCCACGGGACUGACAUAAGAAAUCUAGAAAUAGUCCGUUGCUUAAGAGAGGAAAUGGAUGCAAUGUACUAUGGCUGGAAUUGAUCUAGAAUAUGAUGAAGGUUUAUGGAUAUACCGCCAAUAUAAUAACCGGUACCGAGACUCUUUGUUCGUAAGAAAUAAAGCAUUUAGAGCAUUUUGGACCGCUGUUACUUACUAGAGUCCAUCCUCUCUCGUGUGGAUGGAACUUGGGGUUGAUACAGUAUAUAUUGUACCGGAGUAACAGAACUCUUGAAUAUGUUGUU